AUGCCGGUGGCUUUGGGCCGCACGGACGGCGUGGAGAUGCUGCGGUGGUGGGCGCAGUCGGCGCCCACACCGACGCCCACCCGCACACUGCGAUCGCUGCUGCGCGAGCUGGGGGAUGAGCAGAUCGACAUCCUGAAGGUCGAUAUCGAGGGUGGGGAGCACGCGCUCGUUGGCCAGGCCUGGCCACGCGUGGGGCAGCUUGUCAUGGAGGUGCACCUGCAGCCACGAUUUGCCUACGACCUGGUGGACCUCCGUCGGCUGGUGCGUGCGGCCGAGGACGCAGGCCUGCGGCUCUUCCACGUGGACCGGCCCUGGAAGUACUGCGGCUUCUCUUGCCUGCUUCUCUGCUUCAUCCACCGGGACUUCGGUACGGAAUGGCCCUAG